UAUUUGUAUGGGUCCGUCUAUUUUCCUCUCCGUGCCUGUGGCUCCAAAUCUGUUAAACGAAGGCAAGGAGCACCCCAUCGCGACCCUUCUGAAUCAGAGGUUCUAGCACGCCCCCGCAGCGGCCUCGGUCCAGGGCGCACAAGGCGCCCACCGCACAGGGCCGGAAGAAGUGGGGCGGGGCCUCUAGGCUGCUGGGCCCGAACGGACUGGGGGAGGGGAGCCCGGGGCCGAUAGUCUCUGGGAAAAAGCAAAAGGCGGGCGCGAGACUGCCUCCCAAGGCUCUCUUUGCUUACAGUUCCUCCCGUUUUGCUGAGUUGGGAGUCGCGACCUCCAGCACAGGAUGUGGUGCCACAGGUUGUCCCACCUACAAAGCAGGCUCCAGAACCUGCUGAGGAGAGGAGUCACAUGUUGGGCCUUCCAACAGCUCAACUUCAAAAGCUUAUUUCCAUUAGCCAUCCAUUUGCACCAUACAGCCUCCGAGUCUCUGAAUUGCGCUUGGCAGCAACAUGAAGAUCAUUUUGAACUGCAAUAUGCAAACACCGUGAUGCGCUUUGAUUAUGUCUGGCUUCGAGACCACUGCCGCUCAGCAUCUUGCUACAACUCUAAGACUCACCAGCGCAGCCUGGAUACUGCCAGUGUGGAUUUAUGCAUCAAGCCAAAGACCAUUCGUCUGGAUGAGACCACACUCUUUUUCACUUGGCCAGAUGGUCAUGUGACUAAAUAUGAUUUGGAUUGGCUGGUGAGAAACAGCUAUGAAGGGCAGAAACAAAAGGUCAUCCAACCUAGAAUCUUAUGGAAUGCUGAAAUCUAUCAGCGAGCCCAAGUUCCAUCUGUAGAUUUCCAAAGCUUCUUAGAAACCAAUGAGGGAUUGAAGAACUUUCUGCAAAAUUUUCUGCUGUAUGGAAUUGCAUUCGUAGAAAAUGUCCCUCCCACUCAAGAACACACAGAGAAGUUGGCAGAAAGGAUCAGCUUGAUCAGAGAAACCAUCUAUGGGAGGAUGUGGUAUUUUACUUCAGACUUCUCCAGGGGUGACACUGCAUACACCAAGCUGGCUUUGGAUCGGCACACUGACACUACCUAUUUUCAAGAACCCUGUGGCAUUCAAGUGUUUCACUGUCUUAAGCAUGAAGGAACAGGUGGCAGGACACUGCUGGUAGAUGGAUUCUAUGCAGCAGAACAGGUACUUCAAAAGGCACCUGAGGAAUUUGAACUCCUCACCAAAGUGCCAUUGAAGCAUGAAUAUAUUGAAAAUGUUGGAGAAUGUCACAACCACAUGAUUGGGGUUGGGCCAGUCUUAAAUAUCUACCCAUGGAAUAAAGAGCUCUAUUUGAUCAGAUACAACAACUAUGACAGAGCUGUCAUCAAUACUGUACCUUAUGAUGUUGUCCAUCGUUGGUAUACAGCACACCGGACUCUGACAGUAGAGUUGAGGAGACCUGAGAAUGAGUUUUGGGUCAAACUAAAGCCUGGCAGGGUCCUAUUUAUAGACAACUGGCGUGUCCUACAUGGCAGGGAAUCGUUUACUGGCUACCGCCAACUCUGUGGCUGCUAUUUAACAAGGGAUGAUGUAUUAAACACUGCUCGUCUCUUGGGGCUUCAGGCUUAAAAUUGACAGCAUUAGGAUUAUGGACACACCUGGCACCCUGGCUACCAGAAUUUCAUAUCAGCAAAGUAAUAUUGUAUCAAAACCUACUUCAAAUUGUCUCUUUAUCUCAUCACACAAAACAUAAAUUGCAACUAGAUCAGUUAGAAAGAAAUGCAUUUUAGGAACAAAGUCUUUGUAAAGCAGCAGUUUGCAAAAUGUUUAGUCUUAAGACACCUUAGCACUCUUAAAAGUCAUUGAGGACCCCAAAGUGUUCUUGGAUGUGGGUUAUAUCUAUUGAUACUAACUGUAAUAGAUAUUAAGACUGAGAAAUGUUUAAAAUUCAAGAACACAAAAUCACACAUCCCUCAGUAUCAGAGAGAUGGCAUCAUCACAUGCCAUAUAGCUUUUGGAAGAGCCCUCUGUACAUUUGUGAGAUAAGAAUGAAAAAGGUAAAUAUCAUCUUAGUGUCAUUAUAAAAAAUAUUAUUUAACCCACAGGCCCACUGAAAGGGGCUCAAGAAUCCCUCCAGGUGUUUUCAGACCACUCUUUAAGAACCAGUGGGCUGGAGGAUACCUUAAGACAGUCCUUUACAUAGACCUGUGGAUUAAAGAGUUCAGCUGAAGCCAUAGAUUUAUAUCUACAGUGUCCUAGAACUACAGAUAUUGUAGAAAUUGCUUGAUAGCACAAGCUCAGUGAUAAGGUAGUAACUGAAUAUAAACAUUGUUUUAUCUUACAAGAAGGGUUAUCUCCAUCCAAGACAUCUCUUGAAGAAUUAAACUAGGAAGCCACAAUAGCUCCUGUGGAACAGAUCCAUCCAUUCAAUAAUUGUGUGAGGGAUAGUUGCAGAAAGUUUUUAGAGACUUCUGAGGUUCCAUAUGAUAAUUCAUAUAUAUACACAUAUACCACAAGAGAGUACAGAGGGUUAGUCUGUAAGACUGUUCAGUGAACUCAUCAUGACAGAUGAUGUGCCUCCAAAGAACUGGAAAUUACUAUCCAACCUUGCAUUUUUGCUUUUGAUGGAAUUUAGGAUGCAAUCUGUUUCCUCCAUUUCUGCUGAUCUUUUUUUUCUUUUCUUAAAAUAUUAUACAUGUUAAUUGCUAAGAUUUGCCUCGGUUAAGUAUAACGCCUUGUUUCUUUUAUUUUUUAGUGGCUCCCUUUAUAUAUGGAUGGAGAGACAGAGAGAUGGGUAUGAGGCUUAUUUCAUUGAAAGUGAAGCUGUACAAUAACUGCAUUGACCACUGUAGAAUGAUGAAAGAGAAUCCAGGCUAGGAUGUGCAGAAGAGGGAAAAAAAGGCAUCAUUAGUGGGGAUAGAAGUCACAAACUCAGUACUCUGACAGAGAAUAGAGUCUAAUCUGAUGUUCACAAAGAGUCCCUAGUUCACGUUUAGUAGUUUAUGCAUUAUCUUAUUGACUCAUCCAGUGCUCUAAAAUAUGUUCUCAAAAUAUUUCUGCAUUUUAUUGUACUAUUUAGGAAUCUUUAGGGGUCUUCAUGAAAUUUCUUGUCCUUGGUUCAAAGGAUUGAUAAUGAAGCCUAGGUCUUAAAGAACAUACCCAUUAGCAAUCAGAACAGAAGUAACAUUUUAACAUGCAAUCUCUUCUCCCUAUUGUUAGGUACUCCUAAAAUAUGUCACCAUUAGUCUUCCUCAGGAUAUUUAUCCUUUUUGAAAUUUUGCUUAACUUAGCCUUGAAAAUUACAUUUUAACUGUGGUCAGCAUUGAUUUAUAACAAGCAAUGGACAUAUUCAGGGUCCUGGAGAGAUAAGGAUACAGAUCAAUCUUCUCCCUCACCGAAGGACUUCCUUUACCUUCUGUUUCUGCUGGGACCUUGAUUCAUUAAUUAUUUCACCCUCAUUUUCCUAAAUUUUCAAUCCAUACUUUUCUAUAAUGUACUCCCUUCAGAGGAAGAAAGAGGAAAGGGAAUUAUUUGAGUGCUGAUCAUGGUGCAUUGAAAACUUUCUUUGUAAAAUGUUUCUUUUUUUACAUCUCUGUCUGGUGUCCCUGAAUAUAUAAGCAUGGGUCCACGUCUACCAAGCUCAGUGUUGUGGAGUUACUUUUACCUUUUGCUAAGGUGGGAUGGGCUCAGUAGGGUCAGGAGCACAACACCUAACAUAGUUUUUUCAUAAUACAAAUUUGUUGGAAUAAGAAUAAAAUAAUGAAUCCUUUUCAAACAAAUUUACCAGAUAUUACCAUGUUCUCUAUAAGGAUGUCCUUUUGUGUUUGGCAGUUAACCAGCACUGAAUUUUGUCUACCUUCAUCUAGAGUGACAAACCAUUCAAGUGUGUUCAGGACUGAGGGGUUUCCUGGGCUGCAGAACUUAGUGUUAAAACUGGGGAAUCCCACAUAAACCAGGACUAUUGGUCUCCCUACCUUCUGCCUGCUAGCAAUGUCUUUUUCUUUAGUGUUCAUCAGCGGUUCUUAUUUCUGUCCAAGUGCUUGUGAAUCACAACCUGUGUAGUCUAUGAUGAAAAGGAAAAAAGAUGUAUGAACUGUGGUGUGUUGUGCUGGUUCCCAAAGGAGACCGGCAGCUGCAGCAUCAUUUGAGCACUUGUUAGAAAUGAAAAUUCUCAGGCCCCACACCGGACCUACUAAAUCAGAAACUGUGGGGGUGGAAGCCAGCAGUUUGUGUUUUAGCAAGCCCUCCAGGGGAUUAUGGUGCCUGCCAAAGUUUGAGAACCACUGAAGGGAAGAGCCUUGUUGCUAAGCUCUAGGCCCUAUUUUGAGCUAGAGUUUCUUCUUCAUUUUAAAAUGGAGGCCUUGGACAGGGCAACAUCUAAAGGUUCUGUCACUGUAAUUUUGUUUGACCUCAUAGCUUAAGUUUUCUCAUAUGAGCAGAGUAAGGAAAAUACCUACCCCACAGGUUCUUCUAGCAAAUUUGUGAUUAUUAAAUAAGAUGUUUGCAGCACAUAAUGAUAACCAAUAACAAUAACUAACUUUCAUGGUGCUUUCCAUGUGCCAGACACUGUUAUAACUGCUUUUAAUCCCCACACAACCCUACCCCUAUGUUAUAAAUGAAGAAAUAGAGGUAAUGAGAGAUUAAAUGGUUUAGCCAAGGUUACAUGGCUAAAUAAGUGUCAGAGUUUGGAUUAGAAUUUCGAAAAUCUGGCCACAGAGACAGUGCUUUUAAUUAAUAUGCCAUAUUCCAAAAUAAAUGUUAAUGCCUUCCCCCUUGUCCUUAUUCCAACAAUAUUUACAGUCUAGCUAACCAUUCAUAGAUAGUAAUCAUCAUCUGCACUCUUAAGUUCCUUCCAAUAAAAUCCUAAAAGAACCAUGAGAAUAUCUACAUGUUUUGCAAACAGUUUAUAAAUAUCCACCAAACCCCCUACUUUUUUAAAAAACAAAGUGUUAUUCACAUUCUCUAAUUCUACUUCUUCCAAAGGUAGAAACUUGAUGAUAGAAUGACAGAAAGAAAUCAAUCCAUUCAGCAUCUUUCCUUCUUUCCACACUCUUGCAAAAUAUGUCAGUUGUUAGGAUCAAAACCAUAUUAUAGGACAUAUUCAUAUCACUGGCCCAGGAAGCUCUUGGGCAUAUUAGAGAUCCACUCACACAGCCAGCUGGUGGCUUAGUCGUGAAGUCAGGCCAUGUCAGUGUCCUUGCCUCCUUAGGCCUACAACUCACCAGAGCCAAAGACCCUGGCAGAUAUGGUUGUAGUUCUUUUUUUGUUCUUUUCUGUUGUUGUCAGAUCUACAUUCAGGGGUUGGUGGGUUUGUGGGUAGUUUAUCCUACUCUUUGGCUUUAAGCAGUGGGCCUGGCUUUUGUCUUCCAUCUUGCUAAGAAUACUUUUGGACCACUCAGAGUAUAAAGUCUUAGCUUGAUUAAUGGAAUCCAAGCUUCCUUUCUGGAAAAAAUCAUCAGGCAUCUUUUACAAUUGUGAAAAUCAUCUUAAGCCAUGUUGGUGUGUAUCAUAUAGUUUCAUAGUGGUGUUCUAACCUACUUUUUAUGGGUAGAUAAGCAUGGUAAUUUAUCCUGUGCAUAAGUAAAGAUCACAGGGUCAAUGCUAUGUGAACCUAUGAAGUCAGUGAAGGUUUUUCUCUUCUAGCCACACCUUUCUCUAUGGUCUAUCCUUUGUCCCAUCAAUGAUGGCCACUCCCUCCAGUUCAGGUACUCAGUAUCCUCUUACCUUCUGCUUUCUAGAUCCCUCUCUGAUGCCUUGACUGAGUCAAUGUAGUGUCAUAGAAAGAUCAUGGACUUGGACAAAACUGGGCUUGAAUUCCAUCUUUGCCUCUGACUAGCCUGGUGAAUUUGGAGAAGUCACUUUCGUUCCUUGGGCCUCUUUUUCUUCAUCUGCAAAAUAAGGCUUAUAAAUGUCAUCUACCUGCUAAAGCUGUGAUGAAGAAUGAAAUGAGGUCUUGUGCAGAAAGUGUGUACCACAGUGAGCAGCACACAAUAAAUACUCAG